CGAGGCUCCACCUCUCCCCGACUGCCUUCCUCUGAGCUUUUUAGAUGUACAUAAUCCCUGAGUUGACCCAGAAAAUAGGCAGUCGUUUCAAGAUCUGAUGCGGCAGUCUUUGUGCACACCGUCCCCGCUUGAGCAUGAAGCGUAACUCUGUGGAAUACACGCUGUAAUUCAGAGGAGCUACGAUUACAAGAGGAAAACUGUUCAAAAAGCCGGAGCUGAAGAAAAGUCGCGCAACUUUGUGGAAACGUAGUGAAUGCGGACAGGAGGCAUGGCAGAUCAUCUGAUGAUGCCCAUGAAUCACAACUCAGCGGGUGCCAGUCUCCACGGUUACAGGAUGGGUAUGAAUAGCGGCCUACAGGCAGGACCCCAGCAGCAUGCCAACCAGCAGGGCAUGAGGGUGCUGCCCAGUGGCCAGAUGAUGCACUAUGGUGGCACUCAGGCCAACAUGGAGACCGCCAUGAGGCAGCGACAGGGCAUGGUGGCUGGACCCAUGAAUGGACAGCUGAAUGGGGCCCAGAUGGGUCACCAUCAAAUGACCUCUGGUCACAUGAUGUAUAAUGGCCAGCCCCAGCAGCAACAACAACAACAUCAUCCGCAACAGCAGCACCACAUGCAUCCGCAACAGCACCAACAGCAGGCCCAGCAUAUGCAGCAGCAACAGCAACAACAGUUCAUGAAUGGAGGAUUAACUUCUCAGCAGCUAAUGGCCAGCAUGCAACUGCAGAAACUCAACACCCAGUACCAUGGACAUCCGCUGGGUCCUAUGGGUGGGAACCACAUGGGGCCCACAGCCCAGUACCGCAUGAGCCCAGCUCAGCUGGCUAACAUGCAGCACAUGGCUAGCCCGGCACUAGCCUUGAAUGGCAUGGAUGCGGAUAUGAUUGACGAAGAUGUCCUGACUUCACUGGUCAUGGAGCUGGGCUUGGACCGAGUCCAGGAGCUGCCAGAACUCUUCCUGGGCCAGAAUGAAUUUGAUUUCAUCUCGGACUUUGUCAGCAAACAGCAGCCAAGCACUGUUAGUUGCUGAGAGGACCUUAUUUGCAGUUGCGCAAAAAUGGAGACAGAAGAGUGAGAAUUGUUCAGAACAGACGAAGCGCGUUCAUUUCCUCACUUUUUAUUUUGUGAGCACCUCUCCGUACGACUAUACCACAAUGCUGUGCAGGGUGCACAAAGGAGAACUCUGGGUAUUUGCGUUGAAUGCACAGGGCAUGCGUCUUGUGCACUUGUGGCCAGAGGGUGGAUGGCUUUAGGGCCCACUUCUCCUAUUUCCUGGACAUGAAUGUAAUAAAGAAAUGCUGAAGUUCUUAAAAGCCACUCUGAACAAUGCUAUGACACUAUGUAGCCUCCCAAGCCUGGACUCCAAGACAGUUUACCAGUUUAAAAAGUGUAUUUAUUUAUUCCUAUCUGAGAAACCUGAUAUAAAGAACAACCAGCUUCUCCAUUUUGGGAUUGAAGUGGUUUAAUGGUCUUUUUCUGAACGUAGGUUGGGGGCGGAAAAUAAAAUUAGUUUUCUGCAAUUUUUAUUUUUUUCCCAACUCUAUGUGGCAUAGUCUUGAAAUAAGCUCUGAUGCCAGUGUCAUCUAAAAGAGCAUGGGUUUUUAUUUUUUAAAUUACAGAAGUAAAGUGUUGUUUCAUUACAAUGGGAGUUUCAUCCAAACUUAAAAAUGGUUCACUUUUCAUGAAGUGCUGCCUUUUUUAGAUGUGAUGUUCUGAAAAAUCUACUGCUUGUACUGUAUGAAGCUGUAUAACUCCAACAUGUCCACACUGUUGUGUUCUAUUGGAGAUGUAGAACCGCCUUAAUCACGCAGAUUCUUAUUUAUUGGUUGUUUAUAUUGUCCCCUUUUUGUGGUCGAGAUGGGGGGGUGGGAUGGUCUUUGUGAAAGGGGUUUCAAGGAUCAAUAAAAAUGGCCUGGAUAGA